AUGUCCGCCGAGAGGAAGAACUGCGGAAGCGAGUAUCGACACUAUGGCAUGGAGCCUCCACAUGAGCUGUCAAUGCUCCUGACCCUGGUCGUCCAGCUGGGAGUUGCGUUGGUCUCUCCAGCUCUGUCGGGUGACAUACAGAGCCAUAUUCUGCGCUUCAGUUCUGUCGACCGCAGCCCGAAGUCCCAAGCUGGCAAGAAGCUUCAAUUGUUCGGUGUGCUCAUGACCGUCAAGAUGUCCUACCACACCACAGUGCAUGAAGUUCAGAUUGCGUGA